GAGACAUGAGUCAUAUCACAUGAAAGUCGAUUGGGAGCCAACUUCACGUCAAACUUCGUUGCACAACGCAUUAGCUAAUACAAGUAAUUUUCGCUAGUGAUUCGCAGUGUGUUGGUGUCUAUUGUAUACGAAACGAACAGACUUUAUCGAAAGGCCAGGCACAGAGAGAGAAAAUAACUUGAAAUUUUGCAAAUUUUUCUAAAUCAUCACGAAGAAAUCAUUGAAAGAAAUCUGUUGUGCAUUCAAUCAUCGAACAGUGUUUGUUGAGCAUUUUGACAAGAGCUCAAAACACGGACCAAUAUUCAGAUUGUAUCUGUCACAAAUAUUCCAGCGAUACAAUCAUUUCAUUUCGGUAUUGCAAUUUCUCAGUUCGUAUGAAAAAAAAGUCGAGACGAGAAAAAUUCAUCGCACAACAAAUCAGUUCAAAAGCAGCUAUUCAAUACGUUUUUCUUCGAUUUUCGCCAGCAAAUUUGUAGGGAGUUAAGAUUUGAGACAGAAAUUUGACCUGAAUUUUGAGCGGAGAAAAAAAGCAAAAGCAGCACCAAUUUACCUUUGAAGAAGAUGGAAGUGCUAUCAUCAUCAUCACCAGGUGUCAUACAAACGAAUGGCACAACAACAGCAUCCAUUGGAACACAGAAAAAAGACUCAGGCAACGAUCCAAAAGAUAAUUUAUGGUCGGCAAUUUUGAGUGAGGUACAAAAUCAGAGUAGCACAAAACUUCCAUCGAAUAAAUCAGUGUUGGUGUUGGGCGAUAAUGCGACCGGUAAAACGACGUUGAUUGCUAAACUGCAAGGGGUCGAAGAUCCGAAGAAGGGCUCAGGUUUGGAAUACGCUUAUAUCGAUGUUCGCGAUGAGUACAGAGAUGAUUUGACACGAUUAGGUGUAUGGGUAUUAGAUGGUGAUCCUGGUCAUGUAAACUUAUUGAAAUAUGCGCUAAACGAAAAUAAUUUCCCGCACACAUUGAUCAUAUUGACGGUUUCGAUGACAGCACCCUGGAGCUGGAACGAGCAAUUGAAUCAUUGGAUACAAAUUCUCAGUGAUCAUGUGAAAAAGCUUAAUAUUCCGGCAGAUGUGCAGCAAGAAGCCGAAAAUCGUUUGAAAAAUGCCUGGCAAAAUUAUUGCGAAACGGGUGACGACCUAGAUGCCAAUUCUCCUAUGAACAAACGUACGGCACGUUUGUCAUCAGUCGAAGAUGAAACUAUGUUGCCUUUACCCGAUGAAGUACUUACCAAGAAUUUGGGACUUGACAUCGUUGUUGUUGUCACGAAGACCGACUAUAUGACAACAUUAGAAAAGGAAUACGAUUAUCGAGAUGAAUAUUUUGAUUUUAUGCAACAAUGGAUUCGACACUUUUGUCUUCAACAUGGAGCUUCAUUGUUCUAUACAAGUGUUAAAGAAGAUAAAAACUGUGAUUUACUCUAUAAAUAUUUGACACAUCGAAUCUACGACUUACCAUUCCGAACACCAGCAUUAGUUGUGGAAAAGGAUGCGGUGCUAAUACCAGCUGGUUGGGACAAUUUGAAUAAAAUCAGCAUACUGUACGAGAAUAUGCAUUCAUGCAAAGCUGAGGAUAACUAUACAGAUGUAAUUGCUCCACCGCAACAACGAAAAACUGUUUCAAAUCGGGAAUCUGAAGUGCAAACAGAAGAUGAGCAACAGUUCUUAGCGCGACAACAGCAAGUGCUAAUGCAAGGUCAAACCCAAACCAGAGGUGAAUCACCGAUGCGAACACCGCCAUCCGCGAAAUCGAUGCCCAGAACAUCGAUUCAGAUGGACUCGAAGCUGACGCCAGGCGGACCAGGUGGCGAAGGAGUGUUAGCCAACUUCUUCAAUUCGCUGUUGAGUAAAAAGGCAAACGCGCCCGGAUCACCAGGUGGCGUAGGGUCUCCACGCCCAGCGAACGGUGUAGGCGAAGCAACGCCCGACAGAAAUACUAUGCGAACAGACGCUGCAGCUGAGUUAGAUCGAUUGACACGAAGUGUGAAAAAAGAAGAUGAGGAACUCUCGCAGUCGGAGUGCUAAAAAGAAAUUGAACAACAAAACAACAAAAACAAUAAAUAUUCGAUAUUUUCCAAAUGUUUCCAAUAUUUCCAAAUUCAUGUGAAAAUGAAACCUUUUUUUAAACAUCUAAUUGCGAAAAUCUAAACAAAAUGUGUAAAGAAAUAUAAGUGCAGUGCUUGAACACAGUUUGAAGAAAAAGAAAAAGAAAACAGAAAACUCCGAUCGAUUGAUUAUUUAUUCGUUAACAUUGCUGAGCAUUUUUGCCUUAUUUAAAUUAUACGACAUUUUGUUUUAGUUAAACCAAUUUAAUCCAUUUUGAAGAGAAAACAAAAGUAAAGUCGAAAAUCAAACGCAAACCAUUGUGCAUCAAUCAAUUUAAUCAAGCUUAAUGAAAUCCAAAAGUCAGCAUGCACCAAUCGUAAUUGAUAUGUUGUUAUAGACAACCUGUUAAUUUUAAACGAAAAUUUUGAAAUUAUUUUAUAGUUAUGAUUCUUUUUUAGAAGUAUUGGUGCACACACACAAACACUAGACCGUUGUUAUAACACACGGUCAUACUAUUGAAAUACAUUGAAAAUGAAAGAGAAAUUGUAACUGAGGGUAAAAUAACGUUCAAAUAAAUUAACGUAUCAAAGAUAUUUGAUAGUGUAAAAA